AGCCACAAGGCGAGCCUCCAGAGAGGCACACCGCGAGAUCAACCUCCACCUUCCCCCGCCCACCCUUUUUUUGCCUUUUUUGACACCCCCAUACCCCGUCCCAUCCCUCCUCUUGGUUUUUGUUGGAGUGUGUGUGAGGGAUGAACCGCGCAUACAGCUGAGGAGUUUCACAGCAAGUUUUUUUCUUUUUUUUUUUUUCUUUUUUUUUUUUUAUCUUUAGGUGGGAGAGUUGCUGCGCAUCCAUAGAGUUGCGACUGAGAUUCUGAGCGGAGACUCCUCGGGGGACACGCGCGCACAUCAAGCGUCCCACACACGCCCGCGGAAGCCAUGCAGGAGUCUGAGGCCAGCGUGUGCCAGCUGCAGCCCAACAUCAUCUCGGUGCGCCUCUUCAAGAGGAAAGUGGGCGGCCUGGGCUUCCUGGUCAAGCAGAGGGUCUCCAAACCGCCCGUCAUCGUGUCGGACUUGAUCCGGGGCGGGGCGGCCGAGGAGUGCGGCCUGGUCCAGGUGGGCGACAUCGUGCUGGCCGUCAACAACAAGCCCCUGGUGGAUCUCAGCUACGAGCGCGCCCUGGAAACGCUGAAGAACGUGUCGCCCGAAAGCCACGCCGUGCUCAUCCUGCGCGGGCCCGAGGGCUUCACCACCCACCUGGAGACCACCCUGUCGGGGGACGGCCGCCCCCGCACCGUGCGGGUCACCCGGCCGGCCUUCCCGCCCUCCAAAUCCUACGAGAAUUGCUCGCCUCAGCUGAGGGCCAUCGAGAACCUCUCGUCGCCCUCCAUCGCGCUCCUGGCCGCCCAGGACCCCCUGCUGAUGAGGGAGGGGGGGCGGGGCGGUGGCGGGGGGCUCUUCUGCAACGGGCUGGAGGAAAACAACGAGCUGCUGAAGGAGAUCGAGCCCGUCCUGCGCCUCAUCCGCAACACCAAGAAGGAGAUCAACGGCGAGGGCCAGAGGAACGCCGCCCGGAGGGACGCCGGGAUUCAAGUGGCCUGGGACGUCAGCGUGGCAAGCACAGUUUCACCGCAGCUUUCAUCUGAAAACAACAGGAGGCGUGACAACAUGCCGGUGGUGCUGCACAACAUCGAGGCCGAGCAGGGCCCCACCUCGGACAAGACGUCGCCCACCAAGACACUGCAGAACGGAAGCCCCUCCAAGUGCCCCCGCUUCCUCAAGAUCAAGAACUGGGAGAGCGGAAGCGUCUUGAACGACACGCUCCACCACAGCGCCAGCAAGAUGCCCACUUGUGGUGAGAACGUGUGCCAGGGUUCCAUCAUGAUGCCCAACCUGCAUGCCCGCAAACCGGACGAAGUGCGGCCCAAAGAGGAGCUCCUCACCUUGGCCACAGACUUCAUCGACCAGUACUAUACCUCCAUCAAAAGGUCCUCCAAUGGUAAAAACGAGUACAGUUCAAAGGCUCACGCGGACCGCCUGGAGGAGGUGACCAAGGAGAUCGAGGCCUCGGGGACGUACCAGCUCAAAGACACGGAGCUCAUCUACGGAGCCAAGCACGCCUGGAGGAACGCCGCCCGUUGCGUGGGGAGGAUCCAGUGGUCCAAACUACAGGUCUUCGACGCAAGGGACUGCACAACAGCUCAUGGAAUGUACAACUACAUUUGCAACCACAUCAAGUAUGCCACCAACAAGGGCAACCUCAGGUCGGCCAUUACCAUCUUCCCACAAAGGACAGACGGCAAACGCGACUUCCGCGUGUGGAACAGUCAGCUCAUCCGCUACGCCGGUUACAAGCAGCCCGACGGGAGCAUCCUGGGAGACCCCGCAAACGUGGAAUUCACCGAGAUUUGCACGCAGCUGGGCUGGAAGGCGCCCAAGGGUCGCUUCGACGUGUUGCCCCUCCUGCUGCAGGCCAAUGGCAACGACCCCGAACUCUUUGAAAUACCCGAAGACCUGGUCCUGGAGGUGCCCAUCACGCACCCCAAGUACGAGUGGUUCAAGGAACUGGACUUAAAGUGGUACGGCCUACCCGCAGUCUCCAACAUGCUGCUGGAGGUCGGAGGCCUGGAGUUCACCGGCUGCCCCUUCAGCGGCUGGUACAUGGGCACCGAGAUCGGCGUCAGGGACUUCUGCGACAGCUCCCGCUACAACAUCCUGGAGGAUGUCGCUAAAAAGAUGUCCUUAGACACCAGGAAGACUUCCUCCUUGUGGAAAGACCAAGCUCUGGUGGAGAUUAACAUCGCCGUACUCUACAGUUUUCAGGUGUGCAAAGUGACCAUCGUGGACCACCACUCGGCCACCGAGUCAUUCAUGAAGCACAUGGAGAACGAGUACCGCGUGCGAGGCGGCUGCCCGGGCGACUGGGUGUGGAUCGUGCCGCCCAUGUCGGGCAGCAUCACGCCCGUCUUCCACCAGGAGAUGCUCAACUACCGCCUCACGCCCUCCUUUGAGUACCAGGUGGACCCAUGGCACAGUCACGUGUGGAAAGGAGUCAACGGGACGCCCACCAAGAAGAGAGCCAUCGGCUUCAAGAAACUGGCCAAGGCAGUGAAGUUCUCGGCCAAGCUGAUGGGCGCGGCCAUGGCCAAGCGGGUCAAGGCCACCAUCCUGUUUGCCACCGAGACGGGCAAGUCUCAGGACUACGCCAAGACGCUGUGCGAAAUCUUCAAACAUGCUUUCGAUGCCAAGGUGAUGUCCAUGGACGACUAUGACGUGGUGGACCUGGAGCAUGAGACGCUGGUCCUGGUGGUGACCAGCACCUUCGGUAACGGCGACCCGCCUGAGAACGGGGAGAAAUUCGGAGCCGCCUUGAUGGAGAUGCGACACCCGACGUCCAACACAGAAGACCGAAAGACCUACAAAAUUCGCUUCAACAGCGUGUCGUCCUACUCGGACACCAGGAAGUCAUCCAGCGACGAGCCCGAAGCCAAAGUUGAUUUUGAAAGCACCGGUCCGCUGGCCAACGUCAGCUUCCGUGCCGCGCCCGACGGCCCGGGACGGCUCGCCGCCGGGGCCCCGACGGUUAUGGCGGUGGAAAAGCCGCAUGACGAAAACCACAGCAAAGACCCGCACGCCGCGCCUGCCAAGAAAGAACGCAAACCGCUCAAGUUCUCAGUGUUCGGCCUGGGAUCCAGGGCCUACCCACACUUCUGCGCAUUUGCCCACGCCGUGGACACGCUGUUCGAGGAGCUCGGGGGGGAGCGCAUCCUCCGCAUGGGGGAGGGCGACGAGCUGUGCGGUCAGGAGGAGUCUUUCAGAACUUGGGCCAAGAAGGUUUUCAAGGCCGCCUGCGACGUUUUCUGCGUGGGCGACGACGUCAACAUCGAGAAAGCAAAUGACUCGCUCAUCAGCAACCACCGCAGCUGGAAGAAGAGCAAGUUCCGCCUGACUUAUGCCGCCGAGGCACCGGCUCUCACCGACGCACUGUCCACCAUCCACAAGAAGACAGUUUACGGAGCCAAAAUGCUGGAAUCGCAAAACUUACAAAGUCCCAAAUCCAAUCGCUCCACCAUAUUCGUACGGCUGGACACCAACAAGCACGACAAGCUGAGCUACCACCCCGGCGACCAUUUGGGUGUCUUUGCCGGUAACCACGAGGAACUGGUGACCGCGCUCAUCCACAAACUGGAGGACGCGCCCGAUGUCAAUCAGAUCGUCAAAGUCGAGUUCCUGGAGGAGAGGAACACCGCGCUAGGCGUCAUCAGUAACUGGACCAAUGCCAGCCGCAUCCCGCCCUGCACCAUCUUCCAGGCCUUCCAGUACUUCCUUGACAUCACCACGCCACCCAGUCCCGUCCUUCUGCAGCAGUUUGCCGCCCUGGCCACCAACAACAAACACAAGAAGAGACUGGAGGUGCUCAGCAAGGGUCUGCAGGAGUACGAGGAGUGGAAGUGGUUCAACACGCCCACCCUGGUGGAGGUCCUGGACGAGUUCCCGUCGGUGCAGAUGCCGUCCACGUUGCUGCUCACCCAGCUGCCUCUGCUGCAGCCGCGCUACUACUCCAUCAGCUCCUCGCCCGACCUGCACCCGGGCGAGAUCCACCUCACCGUCGCCGUCGUCUCCUACCGGGCCAAAGACGGAGAAGGGCCGAUCCACCACGGCGUUUGCUCGUCAUGGCUCAACAGGAUCGAAAAGGGUGAAGUGGUGCCCUGUUUCGUUCGAAGCGCGCCCUUAUUCAGGCUUCCCAAAGACCACCAAGCACCUUGCAUCCUGGUGGGGCCCGGGACGGGCAUCGCCCCCUUCAGGAGCUUCUGGCAGCAGAGGAUGUUUGACCUUCAACACAAAGGCGUGGAAGCGUGGCCCAUGAUCCUGGUGUUUGGAUGUCGUCAGUCCGAGAUGGACCACAUCUACAAGGAGGAGACCGUCCAGGCCAGGAACAAGGAGGUCUUCAAGGAACUCUACACCGCCUACUCCAGAGAACCCGGAAAACCAAAGAAAUACGUGCAGGACAUCCUCCGCGAGCAGCUGUCCGAACGAGUGUACCGGUGCUUGCGCGAAGAGGGCGGCCACAUAUACGUGUGCGGAGACGUCACCAUGGCGGGCGACGUCCUGAAAACUGUGCAGCAGAUCGUCAAGCAGCAUGGCAACAUGAGCUUGGAGGACGCCGGCUUCUUCAUCAGCAAGCUGAGGGACGAGAACCGCUACCACGAGGACAUCUUUGGAGUCACCCUGCGCACGUACGAGGUCACCAACCGACUGCGCUCGGAGUCCAUCGCCUACAUCGAGGAGAGCAAGAAAGACUCGGACGAGGUUUUUUGCUCGUAGGCCCCCGCCGAGGAUGCAGCAGCACCGGUCCCACAAAACUGUGCCAAUUUUUGUACGAGAAAAGGACAAGCUGGAGCAAGUCUGCCAUCUCUCCAUCUGUGUUUGUUUUUCUUUGCUGCCGCGUUUGUGCUUUGGGGCUGCUUGAGGUUCUCUUGCACAGGCGCUAACCGGUCGUGCAUGUGCCCGCGGUUGAUUCACGACCACCGUGCACGACUCCCGACGGACGAGAAGAUCCACUCGUCAGUCGCGUGUACUUCGUGUUACUGUGCCGCAGCGCAACAGGCUAACGUUCUUUGUUUGUUUGGUUUUUUUUUUUGGGUGGGUGGGUUUGUUUUGGAUGUUUGCAUGCAAGUGGCCGACUGUUCACGCGAACGACUCUGGAACGCGAUGAAAGCGUGACGGGUUGCCGGAACAAAGUUGACGUGCGAGCGCGCCAGUCACAACUGGCCCGACCGACACGAACGCAUCCUCAAAACUUAUCGAAAAGCAGCCCCCCCCGCCUCCCUUUCACGAAUGCACCAUUAAUAACAAAAUCGAAAUGCUGUUUCCUUUAUUUUUGUUUUUCCUUAGCAUGCAGGUGAUGCGAAGGCCUCAUUGAAAAGAACGGAAACACUUUUAUGAAGAUGUAUUCUCUGAAAGACAAACUGGAUCCAAGCGCGCCACCAACAAGUGAUAUUUCAUGCGUCCCAGCCGGCAAGAAAGACAGUCAGCAUUUUUAUUCCCCACGUGUCUUUAGUUAUUUAUUUGUUUGUUUUAAAAAAACAAACAAAAAAAAAACUUUCUGCUCUUUCUCUCAGUAGGAUGUGAUUCCUGAAUCUGGAAAUUCGGACUUGAUCUCGCGGGAAAAAGCUCGAGGUACUUUGACCUCUAAUAUGACAACCUUGUACUUGUUUGUUCAAAAUAUUUUUUUGUUUAUUAAUAUAUGAUCUCUGAUCUAUGAGCGUCUCAAAAUACGUGUAUAUUUUGAAAGCAGCGCAAAAAUUGCCCCAAGGAAUGCCUGCCGUUCGCAGUUCGCUUGAAAACCAACAUAGCACCAAAAGCAUGAAAAAACAAUUGCAACCAUAUUUUGCCAAAUGUCACUCAUUUGACCGACGGCGCUCUCCGCUACUCAUGCGGCGGUCAAGAUGGAAAACAAAACGACUCAAAUCGGGGUCACAUCGUGAGAAAAUUCCAAGCGUAGAAGACUGUCGUGGCCGCGCGGCAAUCAACAUCUCUUGUGUUGACCCUUUUGAUGGCAACGAGAGCCGUGUGAAGUGAACCACUGAAUCUGCUUCGUCCGAACUUGAGAUGGUAAAUGUAUGCCAAACUAUGAAAUAUCGAGAGUACCACUCGGAUCUUCUCUAAGAAUGUAUUUUGAAUAUGUAAAUGAGCACGAACAUUCAACGACAGCGACCCUGCCCGUCCGGGGGGGGGGCCUGCUCUAUCCUUUCGGGUAACGAGGCUCAACGCAUGGUGAUCUCGUGUCGUCUGUAUUCAUUCGAAAAGUCUGUUUAGCAGCACUGUGUGUCGUGACUUUGUCCGGCGGCGGCGGCCAUCUUUGCUUUCUUUGCUGCUUUGCUUUGCGUACGUUUUGCUGCUGCGAAGACGACUACGAUUGCUCGCUCCGGUUUUGGUUUGCACCUCUGUGCUCCAAACUCCAUUUGAAUGCAUACCAUUGCAAGGACUGUGCAUUGACUUACCAAAUAAAGUAUGACAUUUAGAAAAUA